UUUUUAUAAUCGACGAACUCUUAUUUAUUGUUUAGUGUAGUUAUAUAUUGUGUGAUUUUUUAAAUAAAAUUAUUAAUUAAAAAAGGAUUAAUUAAAACAGAAUGUUUAUACGACCUAUUCAACAUUUCCGAGCUCUGCAAAGAUUGCAAACGCUCUCGCAGAGAUUGUCAACACAAGCUGCAAUCAACCGGAGUUAUGCAACCUUUGAGGAAAUUUGUGGAAGAGGAACAAAAACGAUACAAAUGAACCCAAUAUUGUCUUACUCGAUUCCGGUACGAUUUGCUAGUCAACAGCCUAAACCUGUUGAACAAAGUGAAAGGCCAUUAAAAUAUGGAUUAGAAAAUGUUAUGGGUAAACUGGAGUCAGCUUAUCAGUGGAAUGGUUUCAUAGGCAUUGAGCAAUUGCAACCUUUAAUGGAUGUUCUUAAAACAAAUCCUAAUUCAAAGUUAACCCAUGAGCAAGGCAUAUUUCUUUUGAAUGUGUGUGGCUGCGAAAUGCCCUCAAUGACUGCUGACGAACGACUUAUACAUUUCCAAAAUAUUUGGCAAUAUUUGCAUCAGGCUGAUCAAAUUACCAAAGAACAUUAUCACACAAUGUUGCAGGUUUUACAAUUCAAUCGGGCUCCUUUAAAAGAAUAUAAAAUAUUUUUGGAAGAAUACGAAAAACAUAAUGGCUCACCAAAUGAAGUAUUGUCACAUCUAUUGGCAGUGUCAGGGGCCAAUGGAAAUGUUAAACAAACCACCGAGCUCUUAGCUGAAAUGCGUUCCUUACAAAUGGCCCUAACAGAACACGACUUCAACUCUCUGCUGUUGGCUCAUGCUCGGGCCAAAGAUAUAAAUGGUUGCCAAACGGUACAAGAUAGCAUGCAUGCUACAGGCUUAUCUAUAAGUACUGAAACACAAUCGACAUUGGUGGUAGCUUAUAUGGAAAAUGGAGAUGAAACAAAAGCAUUUAAUAUAUUGCAACAAUAUCACGGACAAUUUCAAUCUCAUCAGGUAUUAAAGAUGUUACAAAGCGUUACAGCUAGUACGGGAAUUUCUCAAGAAUUUGUGAGCCAAUUGGUUAAAGAGUUAAAGGAUGAUUAUGUUAAAGGGCCAGAAGUACCAAUAUCUCUACGACGAAUAUGUGUAGAAUUAUUGCACAAUAACAAACUGGAUUAUGCUCUGAACAUAAUUGAUACUCUGCCAAAACCAAAUUUCCAAGAAAAUCAAGAUGUAGAUACUUACGGGGUAUUUCUUUUGCACUCGCUUUUCAGAGCCAACUGCGAACUAAAGAAAAUUAUAGAAAUUGCCAUACAACUUGAAGACUCAAAUAAAAAUACUCGAGCUCUGCAUAUAGCAGCAGAAAUAGCCCUAAAGCGUAAUCCACCAAUUGCUCUGGCCAUAUUUGAAGCUUUAGUGAAGCGAGAACAGCCAUUAAGAGCGCACUAUUUUUGGCCUCUAAUGAUGUACAAUUUCAGAAGGCACAACGAAGCUGGAAUAUUGCGCACGUUGAAAAUCAUGAAUGACUUCAAAAUUGAAUGCGAUCAUGAAACAAUUGUGCAAUAUGUAUUACCCAGACUAUCGAUUAUUUUAACAAGUCCCAAAAUGGCGCUUAAGCAAUUAGAAGAUGCUGGUGUUAAGACCUCAGUAGUUCUAACACCCGUUGUUUCACACAUGAUAACACAGAAUAAAUGGUUUGAUGUUAUCGGCCUAGUGGAGGCCUACACAACUAAAUUAAAUACUUUAGAUCUAAUUGCACCGCUAUGCAGUCUUGCCGUUCAUGUGCGAGCCACCAAAAGAUAUCACCAAUUUGCAAAGCUGCUUAAUGCGUUGUCCAAAAAGAAUAACGACCGAAAACAAGAUUUUGUAGGUCAGUUUUUAAUAGAAUUACUAUCUACACAAGUACGUAUGCGCAACGAUCUUUAUAGCAUUCAACGUUUAAUAGACGAAUUGCAUAAAAUUGGUUCAAAUGUAUCACCAGCAACUGUGAAUGCUCUCCAGGCCUUUUUAAUACAAAACAACGAUGAUGGAUCAGCAGAGGCUUUGAAAACAAUAAAUCAAAAACUGAAAGAAAUGACAGAUCGCAAUUUGAUGUUAGCAAAUAGUACAGAAGAUGGUUCCUUAAUGUCAUCUUCGUUUAUAAAACAUCCUCGUGAUAUGUCCAUCGAUGAACUGGAAUGUCAUUUGGUAGAAUUGGAGGCAAAACACAUGAAUACUCGUGGUGUGCUCAGACGUCUGCUGCAAGUUUGUGUUCGUGACAAUCGUUUGGAGCGCGCUGUAGAAAUCAAGAACAAGUGCGAAAAGUUAAAGGUACAAACAAGUCCUGGCAUGAUUGCCAGUAUAUUUGAAAUGUAUACUAAGUUAGGAGACCUCGCUAAUGCCCAACAGAGUCUAGAAGCAUUGGAACAAACCUACCCAGGUUUUCAAAUUGAUGAGCACAAGUAUGUAGACUAUGCGUCUCUUUUAGUCAAAUGUGGCCAAUUAGAAACGGCAAAAAAGAUUUUAGAGGAGCGUACUCUUAAACAGAAAAUUAUAGGCGGUGAUUAUAUUUUAAAAAAUGUAUGGAAUUUCCUAACAAAUGUUGCUCAAUUAGCGGCCAUUUCUCAAGAUCUUCCGACUGAACGUAAUCUCACCCGUGAAACAUAUGCAUUUUUACAAAAAUUGGGUUAUUGUCGAACACACAAUGCCAUCUUGGGACCCAUAGUUAGAGAACGCUUGCUGAGAGGUGAUAUAAUCGGCGCUCUAAAAGAAUUCAAACAAUUGGCCCUACAAUACAAACAUACACCUCUACAAUUUGAACUACUGUCCCUGAUAGUACGUUUGUGCAAUGGCAAUGAGGAGCUCUCUAAAAAAUAUAAUUGUAAUGCCGAGCAGGCACAACAACUCUUGGCGGAUAUAACCGAAGUUGUAACUAAAGUUCAUGGUGCCGUUAAUAUGAAUAGUGGUCUCUUGCUGGCAUUUGCUGAAUCCGGUUCUGACAAUCAGCUUAGACGUCUUUUAAUAAAUCCUGAAUUCCGUAUUAAUGAAGACUUAUUGUUGCGCAACUGUGAACAUUUGGGACAGGAAGGUGCUGUUCAAACUCUGCUGCGUUUGGCCCGUGGUGCUAGAGGCUUAAAUCGUGUCAUCAAUGAGCAAAAUAUUUACAAUAUGUUGUUGAAUAACUUUAUCAAAGCAAAUAAUUAUGAAGCCGCGCUUAAUCUUUACGACCGUUUAGAUGCGGACGAUGAAUUAAAAGUAUCACAAGAAUUUCUACGUAACAUAGUUAAACUCUUGAAAGUGAAUAAUAUUGAAAUACCAAGUAAUAUUGCUCUGAGAGCACAUGUUGUAUAAGUAAAUUGCAUACAGACAUACAUACAUACAUAAGUUUAAUAAUUAGUUACUUUCAUUAUUUUGUUUUAAUAAUUUUAUUACAAAUUCUUAUUGUUUACAUAUUUUAAUGUAAACUUUCAUAUUAUUAAAUGGAAAUCAAACGAAAAUAAAUAAUAAAUUAUUAACAAAAUUAUAA